UGUGUUUUUAUAGGAAAUUAGAGGAGGAUGUGUCAGAUUUCACGAUGAUGCAGCGAUGACUGGCUUUCACAAAAUUGGAGUUGCUCAAAUUCCCAAGUGAUAGUAAAGGACCCAUCAGGCACAGGUGUUGAUCGAUCACGACAACAUCAACAGGAUGCUCAUUACCGCCAUUUUAGGUUGAAGGGUCAAGAUUUGUUUCCAAAUAGUUCGGUCCUUUUGAGCGAAAGUCUCAUUAUCCAUGCCGCUUAUUCCCAUGAGGGUUGCAGGGAGUGCUGAAGCCUAUCCCAGGAAGGAAACCAGAGUGCCCGGAGAAAACCCGCGCAGGCACGGGGAGAACAUGCAAACGUCACAAAGGUGGGUCUGGGAUUGAACCCAGGACCUCAGAACUGUGAGGCCAACGCUUUCCAGCUUCGUCACAGUGGGCAUUCCCAUACAAAUGAGCAAAACUAGCUACACCGUAUCCAGUACGUGAGUCUUCACCAGCCGAAACACCUGUUCAAGUUUCGUCAAGAAAAGUGACUUUUGCAACACAGCGUGACGCUUAGAGGAGUUCCUCAGCCCGCUCAACGGAUGCUGCUAAGAGCACCGGUGAGGCGAGCACAGUGAUCAGAUGCUCCCAUCGAGGAGGACGCAGAUGGACAGCUUAGUGCAACCUCUCGUCGCCCAGUACCUCGCCAUGGGCUGUCAAUCAAAAGACAAUAACAAAAGUGGAACUAUUGCUACAGACAACAAGGGGAAGGACGACGCGAGAGGGACUCUCGGCUGCGGCUCCAGGUCUAGAGUUUCCCCUCCAGGACGUCCUCAAAGGUUCCACAAGCCCGGCCAGGUCCACACCCCCAUGGGGAAAGCCACGGUGUCAUUGGGCCAUCUCACCAAGGGGGCCAGCUGGGAGGAGCUCAUCCAGGCUUGUUUGGAGGCUUUCGAUUCAGAUGGUUACGUAUGUGAGCACAGCCACUUGUUGAACAUCACGCUGACCAUGCAUCGCCUCCUCAUCUCCUCCAGUGAUCUAUUGGAUAAGAUCACCGAUCUAUUUAAAAGUGCCAUGGACAAUGAGCAGCCUGCAGAGUGCGAGAGAAUAUGCUACCUCAUCAGGCAUUGGAUUCAGGAAUUUUGGAUGAUGUUCCGGUUGCACCACAGCUUGUCAGACAGCUUGGACCAACUCCGGGAGCUGAUCAGGGAGCAGGGACAAGAGCAUCUCUGCUCUCUUCUAGAGACCAAAUGGAUAAACGAACGGGACUGGUCGUGGAAGGCCAGCCAGAAGAUCAAAGCCAACAGCAGCAAAAAGAGGAAGGUGUCUCUUCUCUUUGACCACCUGGAGCCCAUUGAACUGGCCGAGCAUCUCACCUUCCUGGAGUUUAAAUCAUUUUGCAGGAUUUCCUUUAUAGAUUACCAGAAUUACAUCCGCAACUGCUGCAUGAAGGACAUCCCCGCGAUGGAGCGUUCCAUCGCCCUGUGCAAUGGGGUCUCCCAGUGGGUUCAGCUGAUGGUGCUGAGCAGGCCGACGGCUCAGCUCAGGGCUGAGGUGUUCACCAAGUUCAUCCACGUGGCACAGGGUUUACACCUCAUGCACAACUACAACACACUAAUGGCAGUGGUGGGAGGGCUUUGUCAUAGCUCCAUAUCCAGACUGAAGGACACCACUUCCCAUGUACCCAGUGAUGUCAUCAAGGUCUUAAAUGAAAUGACAGAUCUGCUCUCCUCGUGCAGAAACUUUGAUAACUACAGACAAACAUAUAACAAGUGUAUAGGUUUUAAAAUCCCCAUCCUGGGUGUACACCUUAAAGACCUCAUUUCGGUGAAUGAGGCCAUGCCGGACUAUGUGGAAAACAAUAAAGUCAACGUGCAGAAGCUGCAGGCCUUGUACAGCCAUAUCAACGAGCUGAUGCAGCUCCAGCAGAUCCCUCCCAAGCUGGACGCCAACAAGGAUUUGGUCCAUCUCCUGACGCUGUCCUUGGACCUUUACUACACCGAGGAUGAAAUCUACGAACUCUCUUACGCCCGGGAGCCCAAGAAUUGCAAAGCCCCUCCAGCCACCCCUUGUAGACCUCCAUUGGUUGUAGACUGGGUGUCAGGAGUGGCUCCUAAACCUGAUCCUCGAACCAUUAGCAAACAUGUGCAGAGAAUGGUGGACUCCGUGUUUAAAAACUACGAUCACGACGAGAACGGCUUCAUUUCUCAAGAGGACUUUGAGAAAAUUGCCGCCAGCUUCCCUUUUUCCUUCUGUGUCAUGGACAAAGACAAGGAGGGAUUUGUGAGCAGAGAUGAGAUCACAGCCUAUUUCAUGCGGGCCAGUGUCAUCUGCUCCAAACUGGGCCUGGGCUUUGUUCACAACUUUCAGGAGACCACUUACAUGAAGCCCACCUUCUGCGACAACUGCUCUGGAUUUCUGUGGGGCAUCAUCAAACAAGGCUACAGAUGCAAAGACUGCGGGAUGAACUGCCACAAGCUGUGUAAGGACCAGGUGGCCUUUGAGUGCAAGAAGAACACCAAAUUGAACAACAACAGCAACACCACCGACAGCCCCACGCCCAGCUCCACGCCUGUUACCACGGGAACCUCAGAGGGUGGCUCAGGUUCAGACGAGUGUCCCUUCCAGUGCCUGCCCGAUGAGUGCAACGACUGGAGUCCAGACUCUCCAGUCACCUCACAUUUAAGGCUGAACCAGGUCAACAGCGCCACUCAGACCGAGGGUCCGCCGCUGUCCCCCGAUGCCACUUGCGCUCACCCGUCUCUGCUGGUGCCCUCCGCGAAGUGUCCCAGCCCGCUGCCCCAGAGAAAGAAGCGACACUGCGCCAAGUGGGAGAACCGGGUUUCUGUUGUGCACAAGCCCCGAGAGCCAGAAGAAGAGAACAAGUCCGUCACUGAAGCUCUGGAAUCAGAGAACGAGAGUCUCCUAAAAGCCAACGAGACACUGCAGAGGAAGUUGAAGGAGGCCGAGCGGGAAGUAGAGAUGUUAAAGACGAUGCUGAAGAGGCACGCGCUGCAUCCUGUGGAGGAGGAGCAAUCCUCCUAGACGCAUCAACUACAUGGAGUUAUCAUCCAAACAACAUUUUUGGUCUCCAUCCAGUAAAGUACAGUAAAGUUGUAAUACAAACAGUAUACGAGUGAUGAGACCAGGACGUUUUUUGGAUUAAACAAGGAGCGUGAUCCACGCGGACAGUUUUUUAGAACCAAUUAGGGUAUUAUUACCCUCAUAACAUAAACGCAGGAUGCAGUUGUUAAUGAUGAAUUCAGCCACAAAAUACAUACAAUUUGAAUAAAGUUUAAAGAAGCAGUGGAACCUCCAAAGUUGAAAAAAAGCAGCUCCGUGAUGCUGGUUGACGUCCGAGUUGUUCAAUUUUCCCGUAGAGAAAAAAAUUUAAUUAGAGUGUAACGGAAAGUAGCCAUCAUCAAAUUGUUGAGGUCGUGUUUUGAAUAAAAUUUAGAGAUUUCUAACUGUUGUAGUGUAAAGAGAAGUUAGCCACUUUAAAAUAUAUAUUUUUUGAAUACUGUAAAAUAAAGUACUGACACUUUGAAGACACAAAACUGACACUGAUGGAGAAUGAACAGGAAGCUCUUUGUAGUGUGAGACUGUCACCUAGUUCUAUCUCUCUGCAUUAAUAAAGCCUUCUGAUCUCAAAUUAUCAAUUCAUUUUUUUUAGAUGAUCACUAAUAUUUUGCUCAUUGUCACACAUGAUGAUGGUUUGAAGUACAUUAGAAACAUUUGGUUGCACUUCACAUUUUGAGUCAUUAAAUUUUGGAGAUUCCACUGUACAGUAAAAAAAAAACAAAAAAAAACACCAUGGCAAGAAAUAAAAAUGGUCAGAUGCUAUUAAUAUGUAGUUAGUACAUACGAGGUGUACACUGUAAAUGUAGUAAAGGAACUCUGAGUUCCAAAAUGUAGAGUGAAAAAUUUGAUAUUUAUUGUUCAACCAGAUUUUGGGAAUAACAGCCUGUGGCAUAUUGUAUGUUUGAGUGACGGUCAAGAAGUAGUGAGCCUUUAACCUACUAAUAUUUCAUGUUUUUCCCCAAAAAUUUGUUUGUAUUUUAAAUGAUUUCCAUCCAUCCAUUUUCUUAGCCGCUUAUCCUCAUGAGGGUUGCGGGAGUGCCUGUCCAAGCUCUCAACGGGCAGGAGGCAGGGUGCACCCUGAAUUGGUUGCCAGCCAAUCACAGGGCACUUAUCGGCUGAUCUAAGAAGUGAUGAAAUCCCUAUUUUUGGGCAUUAUUUUUAUGAAUAGAUUCCUUUUCUAUCGCAACCAGUAAAGAUAGAGGAAAAUUGAGCUCAUUACUUAUUGACAGUCCCUUGUAUGAAAGUAUAUUAAGUAAUAAUUGAAGUAGAACGCCCCUUAGUUAUCUACUUUUAUUGCAUCUUUUUCAUGUUUAUUGUGUGAAACACUACACAGUUCAGAUGAACUUUUUUUUGUUGUACAUUGGUACUUACUGUUUAGUCUAAUUUCUUCUUCAGUGUGCGUGGCAUAUCACUGCUUUUGUUUUAUGCUCAGUGUUGUAAAUGGAAAUUGAGGUGCUUGUAUUUGCUGACAGCGCCAGCCACAAGGAUAUUUAAGUGGCCCACCUGCUCAUCUUCCAUGUCAGUAUUGUGAACUUUUUGUUAAAAUUAAAUGCUGGGCAUUCAGUAUUAAAAAACAAAAAACAAACUUGUAAUACUUCGUUUCAUCAAUGGGGGGCAUCAGAGCCUC